AUGCACGACCUCCGCAAGAAAGCCCUCCUCGAGAGCGGCAAGACCAUGUCCCGCAAGGCGCGCUCGCGACCCGAUUCCAAGACCGGCACGCCCGUCACAUCCCCUGACACCAUGACCAUGAGCACCUUCUCUGGCUCCGACCCUGGCUCCGACGCCCCGGACGGCGCCAGCGGGCUGGUCUGGAUGGAGAGGCUCCAUGCGCGUGUGAGCCAGAUCGUCGCGGGCGGCCGGAGUGGCGAGCGCAAGAAAAUGAGCAACCAGGAGCGGGAGGACAUGCUCAGAUCAUACCUUCACCUAGUCCGCCACUACUUCGCACAGUCAGAGAUCCAGGACUCCAUGGACGACCUCGUCCUGGGACUCGUCCGCGCCGUCAAGUCCGGCGGCAGCCCGACAGAACGAGCCCUCGCCGUCAAGGCCCUCGCCGUCACUAUCCUCACCAACCCGACGGAAAGCGUGCUCGACCGCCACAUUUCCGCGCUCACGUCGACAGUCGAACAAGAUGACGAGAGCGAGGAGGUGAAGAUAGCCGCACUCUAUACCCUCGCCACAGCGGCCAUGUACGGCGACGGCUCGAUUCCGGCGGCAGAGGACAUGCUACAGUACAUGAUCACGAUCGUCGAGAGCGACGGCCACACAGCCGCCGCGCCAGACUCUGCGGGCAUAGUUGUGGCCGCGCUCAAAAGUUGGGGGUUUAUCGCAGCGCACCUCGAGGAUCUGUCAGACCAGAGCGAGCAGGCAAUGGAGGCGUUCGUGGAGCAGCUCGAUAGCAACGACGCCUACGUACAGACGGCGUCGGGCACCAACAUUGCGCUGCUGUUCGAGUCGGCGCGCGAGUUGGAGGAGGAGAGCGGCGAGAAGAUGAAUUUCCAGUAUGACCCCAGGAGGCUCGCGCAGCAGAUGCGAGACAUCUCCCGGGAUGCAAGGGGCAUGUCGAAGCGCGACAAACGGCACUUGAAGAGUGAUUUUAGCAGUAUCGCGACGGGUCUGGAACGGGGCAAGGGUCCAGGCUACUCGACCGCUGGGCGGCCGACGUCCAAUCCGAACAAGGGCGGAUCGAUGGUCAACAGCGCACAUGGAGAUGAUCUCAACGAGUUCGGGUACAGGGAAACCAUUUUUGUGGGCAAGCAAAAGGUCACGAUCGAUAGCUGGGCGCUCUCGGCCAAGAUCGAACUCAUGAGGAUCGUCCUCGCAGGAGGCUUUCCUACACAUCUGACUCACAACAAGACGAUAAAAGAAAUGCUUUGA